ACACUGUGGACUGCAUAGCUAAUUUGACGACUAUAAAAAAAGAACAACGAUAUAGAAGACAACGUUAUAAAAACAAAACGAAAUAGAGUAAUAUCCCCUUCUUUGCUUUUCUUUGAAUGGAACAAGCUGGGAAGCAAGGAAUUAUGGUGACGUCUCAGAGUCAGAACCCCAUAGAGCAAAUCCAAGCGCGCUUCAAGGAGUUGGAGACUGGCUUCCGCCUCUGGCUCUCCAAGCAGUCCCUCCCCGUCGAGGCCGUCGUCGUCACCACCACCAGCGCCGCCCAGGGCGCCGCUAUCGGCGCCUUCAUGGGCACCCUCACCGCCGACGCCUCCUCCACCUUCCCCACCCCUCCGCCCAACGCCUCUCUCAACCCCCAAGCCAUGGCCUCUCUUAAACAAGCUCAGGCUCUAGCUGGAGGCCCUUUAGUUCAGGCGCGAAACUUUGCUGUGAUGACGGGAGUGAACGCUGGGAUUUCCUGUGUCUUGAAAAGGAUAAGGGGCAAGGAAGAUGUCCAGUCCAGCAUGGCGGCAGCUUUUGGUUCAGGGGCCAUGUUUUCAUUAGUAAGUGGCAUGGGUGGACCAAAUCAAGCAACAAAUGCAGUCACUUCUGGACUUUUCUUUGCACUUGUUCAAGGUGGACUUUUCCAGAUAGGACAAAAGUUUUCUAACCCACCUGCUGAAGAUACUCACUAUGCUAAAACAAGACAUAUGUUGAACAAUCUUGGCCUUCAGAGUUACGAAAAGAAUUUCAAGAAAGGCUUGUUAACAGACAACACUCUGCCUUUACUCACAGACAGUGCUCUCAGAGAUGUCAGGAUUCCUCCUGGACCUAGGCUUUUGAUUCUUGACCAUAUCCAGAGGGACGCGGAUUUGAAAGAGAAGCGAGGACGCCGAAAGUGACUGAUAUGAAGAGUUUGCUGCCUUUGAACUUUGAAAUCCAUUGAAAAAUGGAUAGUAGGAAGUUUGUGUUCCAAAUGAAUUUUGUCUUUUUUUGUUUGUUAGCUCUGUUCAAUUGUUGUUGCAGAAUACUUGAUACAAUUUGGUUAACCAAUCAGUUAUAUUUUAGUUGUGCCAUGAAACGUAAAUGGCUUGAAAGUAAAUUUAGGGAGCAUGAAUUUGUUCACUCUAAAAUAAGAAAAGUUAUUGCUUCCUUGUGGAGGAAUUGUUACCGUUU